AUUAUUUUAUAAAAUAUAUGAACAUCGCUUUAUUUUCAUUGUGAAUUUAUAUUUGAUUUUGUAGUCAUGAAGUGAGUAGUAAAGAGACAGAUAAGCACACCAUUUUGGUGGUGGAAGAAUCUUCUGAAAUUGUUGAAAACUCUCCAUAAAUACUAUUCCGUUCACCAUUUACGCGUGCGUCAUGUAUUUGAAUGUAUUUAAAUGUUUUUAAACUAACUGUCAUAUACAAGUUGUCUUUAGUUUUAACAGUCACCAUGGAUUUAGAAAUAGAAAAAAUACAUAAUAUUCUAAUUGAAGCCAAUCUUCCAUCAAGUAUAAAGGACCUAAAAAAUCCAACUGAAGAAUUUGUUGUGGAUUUAAUUAAUACAUUUUUAAGAAGAUUUCAUAUAUAUGUUGGAGCAAUUAAUAAUCCACUAAUGGAACAACAAGAUAUAAUGGAAUACAUAGAUGAUUCUGAUAUAAUUGGACUCAUAAAUUUACAUACCGCAAUGGUACAAAUAUGUGAUCGUAUCUAUUUUAAAGAUUUAUGUAUUACAGAUAUAUCUAGCCCAGGUUCAAAGAAAAUACGGAAAUUUGCAAAGUUUCUUGCAAAUUUUAUAUUAUUUGCAAAUAACAAAGAGUCUGAUAUAGAAGAGCAAAUCAAUGAAAUUCAAAAUAGAGCAAAACUAUUACACGAUAUGAUAGAAAAGAAGAAUGAAGUAUUACAAACUAAAAAUGAAAAGGCACUCUACAUAGGAAAGCAGUUAUCGUUAAAAGAAAAAUAUAUCUCUGAGAUUCAAAAGUUGCAAUCCGAAAGGGAAAGGAACAAUAAGAAGGAUGCAGAAGUAACGGCGAAGGAAACAGCAGCAAAACUGAAAAAACAACAAUCAGUGGAGCUUUGUGGAACUUACAAAGCAGAAGUUUCAAAGUUGCAUAAAAAAGUUACAAAGUUACAAUCAGAGAUUAUCGAAUCUCCUGAUAAAUAUGAGAAGCACUUAAAAGAACUAGAAAAACAGCAAAGUUCUAAAGUGCAAGAACGAAAAACAAUGGAAGAAGCAUGCCAAGAUAAAAAACAUUUAAUGGAGCAACAGACAAACAUUUUCAAUUUUGUUCAAAAGCAGUUAGAGAAAUUAGUUGAAGUUCAAGAUAUAUAUCAGCAAUUAAAGAAAGUAGAUGUUCAAGAAGAUAAUAUUAAGAAGCAAGUAGAUAUGCUUAGAACAGAUAUUGCCAAUUUUGAAAAAAGAUUAGAAAAUCAAAAGGGACAGCGCGAAGAAACUGAAGUACACGACAUUCAAGCACAAUACGAAGAGCGUCUCUCUCCUUUACGCAACUUAAAUUCUCAGCUAUUAAGUGACAAAAAGUUAUCUGAAGUAAAAUUGGAAGAAAUGAAAGAGCAAUAUAAUGAGGGGUACUUAAAAUUAGAUGAAAUGCGAAGUACUAUACAAAAAUUAGAAGAUGAAACUACGGUACUUAUUAAGAACUACCAAGUUCUUUAUGACAAGGAGAUUUUAAUUGAAAAAGUCUUGUGGGAAACGUGGUCAAAUGAAUAGAGGUAAAAAUUUCUUUCAAUAUUAGCUAAUAAUAACUACAUUGACACAUAAAAAAGAAAUAUUCAACAAUAUAUACGAUUCUUUAUUUUAUUUAAUUACAUUUGUUAGCAACACAAUCACCUAAUAUUUAAACAUUAUUGAACAUAUUUAUCUAAACAUUACUUUUAUUGCAUUAUUAUUUAUUGUUAAUAAAUACACAAGGUGGUAACAAUAUACUUUUUAAAUAGGAAAUAGGUACUUUGAUUUCGUUAUUAUCUUAUUUUAAUCAAUUUAUCUACAUGUAUUGCUCAACAGUUUUAGUAUCAAUUUUCUGACAACUUUGUUAAUAGUCAUACAUUUUCUACGUGUAGUAUUUAAUAACAAAGUAAAGGUGUUAAAAAACAAGGUAAAGUAUAGUUAUUACAAAAGAAAUAGAUUUUAUGAAACAGUUUAAAAUAUUAUUUUAAUUUAACAUGCAAAUGAAAAUUAAAUAUAUUACGAAUAAACUCAACCAAACCUCCUGUGCAGUAAGUUUAUAUAUUAUUUACAUAUUGACAGCUGUAACAAUAUAAUAAGCUCUAACAGUAUAAUUACAAAUUAAAACAAUGUACAAUAUUUAUACCUGAAUAUACAUGAGUUAUUGUGAUAUCA